AUGAUCGCAAACCUGGUCGGCGAGUAUGAGAUCCUUGAUCAAUAUCACUCGCAACCGCGAAAGCUCAAGAUCAUCCAUGUCGGGGCAGGAGCAUCCGGGCUCUUGCUAGCCUACAAGGCUGAGAGACAGUUACGCAAUUAUGAGCUCAUUUGUUAUGAAAAAAAUCCAAGCAUCGGCGGAACAUGGUGGGAGAACAGAUAUCCUGGAUGUGCCUGCGACAUUCCCGCUCACACGUACACUUACACCUUUCGACCCAACCCGGAGUGGUCGGGGUUCUAUUCGCGCUCAGACGAGAUACAAAAGUAUUUCGAGAAGUUUUACGACGAAUAUAAGUUGGCGAAAUAUGUGCGGUUAAACACCGAAGUCUUGAGCGCCACCUGGUUCGAAGAUCGGGGCGAAUGGGAAGUUGAACUCAAAAAAGGAGACGAGACUUUUACGGAUCGCUGCAAUGUCCUGAUUAAUGGUUCAGGGGUGGUUAACAAGUGGAAAUGGCCCGCCAUUGAUGGUAUCUCUUUCUACAAGGGCACCCUCGCUCACAGCGCCAACUGGGACACCUCAAUUGAUUGGCAAGGCAAGAAGGUGGCUGUGCUGGGGACAGGGUCAAGCUCUAUUCAAAUGGUGCCGCAUCUGGCCAGAGGGUCCCAUAGCUUGACCGUCUUUGCUCGAAACAUGACCUAUAUCGCACCUCAGGUCGCCGCUGACGAACAAAAGAUAGACGAGAACAGCCAGACUCCAGCCGCGGUCGGGAAACACUACUACAUCGAAGCCGAGAAAGAGAAAUUCCGCACGGACCCCGAGUUCCAUCUCCAGUAUCGGAAGAGGCUGGAGUCGGCCCUGACCGAGAUGUUCCCGAUGUUCCUUCGCGGCACGAAGCUGAACGUCCAGGCCCGAGAGUCGAUGCGAGCGAGUAUGCUGGCCAAGAUCGGGCCGGGCCACGACGAUUUGAAGCAACGAUUCAUUCCGCAGUGGUCGCCGGGGUGCAGGAGGCUGACGCCAGGAGAAGGCUAUCUCGAGACGCUGAUUCUGGACCACGUCAGGGUGAUCCACGACGAGAUCGCACGAUUCACCGAGACGGGCCUCGUGACGGCCGCCGGCGAGGAGUUGGACUUUGACAUCAUCGCGUGCGCGACUGGGUUCGACAUUGCGUACACGCCGCACUUCAAGAUCACGGGCGUGGACGGGACCGUGAUGCAGGACGAGUGGAAGGAAACGCCCAAUAUCUACCUCAGCAUCACAGCGCCAAAGUUCCCCAAUUACUUUGUCGUGAACGGCCCGACGGGGAACUGGGGCCAGGGAUGUGCCCUGCCUUCGCACGAGGUCCAGCUCGAAUACGCGCUGCAAUGCUGCCGCAAGAUGCAAGAGGAAGGGAUCCGGGCGAUGGAGCCGCGGCAGGGCCCGACAACGCAGAUCAACCAGCACCUGGACGCGUGGCACAAGAAGUACAGCGUGUGGGCUGAGGAGUGCCGCUCGUGGUACAAGGACAACAAGCCCGACGGCCGCGUCUACAUCUGGCCGGGCAGCCUGCUGCACCACCUGAAAACGCUGCGGGUGCCGCGCUACGAGCACUACGACCUGCGCUACGAGGCCGACAACGUCUGGGCGUUUUUGGGUAAUGGCCGGACGGACUUGGAAUGGGAACACGAGAACAAUGCAAACGACGGCGCUCGCAAAGUCGACCUGGCGCCGUACAUUCGCAACGAGGAUGUGCCGUGGAGCUUGGAUCUGCCUCUACCCUGGAAGGGAUAG